AUGCUGCCAGCUUAUCAGGAUGCCAUUGGGCAGUUCCCAAUCUUGAAGACAUACAACCACGGGACUUUGGGUUUCAAGAUCGACCAUGAUGAUCAGCGAGCGACCAUUAUUAGAGCGUUGCAAUCCGCUACAGCAAAACUAAUUGCCAGCUUCCCUUGGCUCGCGGGUGCUGUUGUUAACGAAGGCAGCGGGCCAGGGAAUUCUGGGGUCUUCAAACUCGUGGAUUGGCCAAAGAAUUCUUCCUCGGCGAAUCUCAUUCUGCGUGUGAGAGAUUACACAGAGUCACUCUCUUCAUUUGUAGAUCUCUUGAGCCACAAAGCCCCAUGUUCAAUGAUCGAUGGAAAGCUUGUGGCUUCUUACCCAGGAUUCCCAGAAAGCUACGAUGACUCUGCUGAUAAACCAGCGCCAAUCCUUGCGAUUCAAGCCAACUUCAUCAAGGGAGGGCUCCUAUUGAAUUUCUCAACUCAACACAACGCUAUUGAUGCGAGUGGCAUGAUGCAGGUGAUUAAACUUUUUUCUGUGGCCAUGCAAGGAGUGGAUUUCAGUUCUACUGCUAUCCAGGAAGGAAAUCGCGAUCGAAACACGGUGAUCCCUCUAAUCCCCUCUGGAGAAACCAUCAGGGAUCACAGCCAUCUUCAGAUCCCACCCAAUUUCGCUCCAUCUCCACCCUCAAUCCUCGACGGAGUACCUCGAUGGGGCUACUUCUUGAUGAGCAGCUCGUCUGUACCCAAAAUCAAGGCAGCGGCGUUGCAAUUUCAAGAAAGCGACCAACCCGUCCCAUUCAUUUCCAGUAACGAUGCCUUGAGUGCCUUCUACUGGAAGUGUAUCGCCGACGUUCGUACACAAAAUGGGCAAUCGCCACAGAUUAUAUCCAAAUUCCUUCGGGCAAUUGAUGCGCGAAAGGCGAUGGGUGUCUCGUAUGAGUAUAUGGGACACAUGGUUUAUCAUGCAGCUACGAGGAUGACUUUUGAAGAGCUCCAGAAGGAACCUAUAUCGGCGAUUGCUUGCAGACUUCGCUCGGAUCUUAACGAUGUGAACAAUGGAUUCUCGGUCCGAAGCUAUGCAACCUACAUUGCUAACACCCCCAAUAAAUCUCGCAUCUUAUAUGGUGGGCUUUUCAACCGAGACACGGAUGUCGGCGCCUCUGCUGUAGCAAAUGCCGAUUUCUUUCAUUCGUUUGGUGUCAUUGGGAAGCCAAUGUUUGCAAGAAGGCCAUAUCUGGCCCCUAUUCCAGGAUGUGUCUACUUUAUGCCAUCUGAAGGCCCGGUUUUACCUGUUUUGGUGUGUUUGCGAGAUGAUGAGAUGGAUGGGCUGAAAAACCACCCGGAGUGGAGCAAAGUGACCGAGUUCAUUGGGUAG